UAAGAAUAGUAGUAUUUUUGAAAAAUUAUCUCAACCCCCACAGUUCAUCGAAAGUAAGGAAUCGUUAUGAUUGUUUCUAUUGAUCAACAGGCCAUGGCUGCCAAGAGCCUACCCCUUCUUCUUGUCAGUCAGGAUUAUGAAUUGCUGUAGCAGUACUUUCGAACCCCUCGGAGUGCGCUAUAAAUACUCCUUGGGGAGAAUGACRUUGUCCACAACGUGGGCGAUGCCGUUGCAGGUGACAAUGUCGGUUGCAAUGAUCAGCGGCCACACCCUGUUUCCGUUGCCGGCCUGGGAUUUCAGUUGGUUUCCGUCUUUGUCUUCUUCGCACUUUGUGAUAAUAAAGUCGUCGCUGCUGUCGCCGAGCAACGUAUCUAUUUUCCUGUCGCAGAAGAGUUUCUCCUCAAAGUAGAUCCGGUCAGACACGUGGUACUCGAGGAUUUCCCGCAGCCCUUCCCUCGGAUUCACGAGAAGAUCGCUCAUAGUUGUCUUGCCGAGCCGCUUGAAGGCUUGGUUGGUCGGGGCAAAAAGUGUAUAGGAGCCGUCCCUGUCGAAACGCUCGUCUAGUUCUGCUUCUCCGAGAAGAUAACACAGUAUUUCGAAACUUCUCAUCGAACACGCAAAGUCGUCUAGUGGUUAGUAGUUUGUUUGCAACAUUGGUGAUGGUUGGGGAUAAGAAGAAAGAAGGAGCAAACAUUAGGAUCACGAGAGACGGAAAACAAAUGAGUGAACUGCGGAUACGAUACAAGUCUGUGGAAUCCGUCAUCGUUGCACUUACAAAGUGAUGGCAAGGAAUCCUGUAGCUCACAGCCUCUCCKACCUAUGUUGCACUGAGGUUUUUCAUUUGGGCACGAGGUAAGAUCCCGCUCGAGGCAACAACUGGGAUAUCCCAUUUCGUAGCACAUGAAAUCAGGCGGGUCUGAGCAAUAAGAAUCGCCGACUUCUGGCAAUCCGAUUUCGCAUCCAGGUUUUUUGUUGGGGCACCCAUUUGAAGAACGGUCAUCGCCACAGCACUCUGGCCAACCACUCCGGUAGCAGCCAAAAUUCGGCGAUUGCGUACAGUAMGAGUCACCAACAAUCGGAAAGCCAAUCUCGCAUUCCGGGCGUUCGUCGGGGCAGUAUAAAGAGUCGUCGAGGCAGCAUCUCGGGCGUCCGUUCUUGUAGCAGCUAAAGUCUUCUGCGUAGGUACAGUAGGAGUCUCCGACUAUCGGCCAUCCGAUUUCGCAUCCGGGCUGGAUCUUUGGGCAUUCGAUCGUGCUUUUCAGGCAACAUUCUGGCCURCCGAAUUGGUAACAGCUAUAGUCUGGUGUGUUUGUGCAGUACGACUCUCCAAGAAUCGGUAGACCGGGUUCUUCGCUACAACAAUCUAGCUUUUGUCCGGUCCCGUCMUUGGGGCAACACACGCCCUUCAAACCUAGCUCCCUGCAUCUUGGGUAAACAUCACAAGAACCCGAAGGAARCACUCCAGCAAAGCAGCAAUCCAACUUGACAUUUUCAUCAGUUGGGCAGCAUUCUCCGGUAAGACCCAGAGCUUCACACUCGGGGUUGGCCGAGCACGAACCAGGUAUGUCAAAACAGCAACUCAGUUUCGCGUUGUCAUCAGUUGGGCAACAUUCUCCAGUUAGACCCUUCGCUGCACACUUGGGAUGCCUCGAACACGAACCAGCACUAAUCUCGGUAGGCUUUUGAGUAGGUCUAAAAUAUAUGGCUUCUUCAACGCAGCAGUCGAGCUUCACACCCUCAUCGGUAGGACAACACUCUCCUGUCAGACCAAGAGCUGCACAACGAGGGAACUUCGAACACGAUGAAGCUUCUAAUGGUGCAAAUCGUGUUGGUCUGGGGGAUGGYCUGGGAGACGGUUUUGGGGUCGGUCUACGAGUCGGCUUCUUGGUAGGCUUCUUGGUAGGUUUGCGGGAGGAAAGUCCUGGCAGGUGACUAAAAGAAAGASAGGUAUAGCGACAGGUAAAUCAUAAUGGGACACCAAUGAAAGUGUAAGAGUCGRCCAAAAAACUGUGAUGAUUUCSUGCRCUUCCUUSMUUCCUUUGGUUGCUUGAUUUCUUCGAAACUACAUACCUUGGUAGAAUGACUUCAUCGACAAUGUGCAUGAUGCCGUUGCACGCCUCAAUAUUGAACGCAAUAACCUCAGGUUUGKCGCUUUCCGAAUUCCCAGCACCCUUCUGGAAAAUUUUUGUUUCUCCGUUUUCGCAAACGGUGCGUGUGAACUCCUCGUUCACCAUCUCAAGCCGCUCUCCRCAUCGAUCUUUCAGUCCGGACUUGUUGAUCACAUUAUUCUUGUGCAUGUGAAGGAAAAGAAGUUCUCGAAGAGUGCCCUUCGGACACUCGUAGAUGUCAUUGUACUUUAGAUCCC